AUGCAGGCAUCAGAUAUUGAUAACACGGACGAAAGGUUCCUCACGCCCGAGGGAAGCAACCAUUCCGAUGUCGACUCACUGAGCUAUGAGCAGCGCCGCGAGGAACUUCGUAUCGCCAAUCCACAAGGUGUGACAUCGGUACAGACUGGUGUCGAUGUCGAACAGGCCGAAGAGGACUUUUCGGAUUUGAAUAGACAAUUCUCCAGCAUUUCGCACCAAGCCCGUCGACUUUCAAGGCACGCUUCUCGGGCAUCUAAACCGACAGCCACUGUUGAUGAAGAAAAGGCAGGAAGCUCGCAUGAAUCAGACGACACAUGGGAUUUGGAGACUGCUCUUCGGGGCAAUCGCGCUGCCGAGGACGAGGCUGGUAUCAAGGAUAAGCAUAUCGGCGUGAUUUGGGAUGGUCUCUCCGUUCGGGGAGUCGGUGGUGUGAAGACUUUCAUCAAGACGUUCCCAGAUGCAAUUAUUGACUUCUUCAACGUUCCACAAACCCUCAUGAACAUGUUUGGUUGGAGUAAAAGUGGUAAGGAGUACAACAUCUUGGAGGGAUUCCGUGGUUUGACUCGACCUGGAGAGAUGGUCCUGGUUCUGGGACGACCCGGCUCGGGAUGUACAACAUUCUUGAAGGUUAUUGCCAACCAACGUGUUGGGUAUACCGGCGUUGACGGCGAAGUCCUGUAUGGUCAUUUUGAUUCAGACGCGUUUGCCAAAAGAUUCCGGGGAGAGGCCGUUUACAACCAGGAAGAUGAUAUCCACCACCCGACCCUGACUGUCUCACAGACUCUUGGAUUUGCUCUGGACACAAAAACCCCAGGCAAGCGGCCGUAUGGCGUGGGGAAGGCGGAGUUCAAGGAGAAGGUGGUCAAAAUGCUGCUCCGUAUGUUCAACAUUGAGCAUACAGCCAAUACCGUGAUCGGUAACCAGUUCAUUCGUGGAGUCAGUGGUGGUGAGCGCAGGAGAGUUAGUAUUGCGGAGAUGAUGACCACCAGUGCGACUGUGCUUGCUUGGGAUAACAGUACCCGCGGGCUUGAUGCAUCUACUGCACUUGACUUUGCCAAGUCUCUUCGAAUCUUGACCAACAUCUACAAAACUACUACGUUCGUCUCUCUCUACCAAGCUUCCGAAUCUAUCUACAAUCAAUUCGACAAAGUUCUCGUCAUUGAUAGCGGGCGGUCUGUAUUUUUCGGUCCCACCAAUGAGGCACGAGCCUAUUUUGAGGGUCUUGGUUUCCGCUCAAAGCCUCGACAGACAACACCGGACUAUCUCACAGGAUGCACAGAUCCUUUUGAGAGAGAGUUCAGAGAUGGAAGAAGUGCCGACGAUGUGCCAUCAACACCUGAGGCUUUGGCGGAUGCUUUCGAGAAAUCCACCCAUAGCAAGCGACUCGAUGAAGAGAUGCAGGCCUAUCGUGCACAAAUUCAACAUGAUAAGCAAGUUUUCGAUGAUUUUGAACUCGCCAACAGAGAAGCCAAGCGGAAAUUCACCCCCAAGUCAUCUGUGUACUCUAUUCCUUUUCAUCUUCAAAUCUGGGCUUUGAUGCAACGUCAAUUUUUGAUCAAAUGGCAAGACAAAUUUGCUUUGACGGUAUCAUGGAUCACUUCAACUGGCAUUGCAAUCAUUCUCGGUACCGUAUGGCUGAAGCAACCCGAGACUAGCGCUGGUGCAUUUACUCGAGGAGGUCUCUUGUUCAUCAGUAUGCUGUUCAAUGGAUUCCAAGCCUUUGCAGAACUCGCAUCCACGAUGAUGGGACGUUCAAUUGUCAACAAACACCGAUCAUUCACAUUUUACCGCCCAAGUGCUCUUUUCCUGGCGCAAAUAUUUGUGGAUACCGCCUUCGCGGCUUUCAGAAUUCUACUGUUCAGCAUCAUCGUCUAUUUCAUGUGUGGUCUAUCUUUGGACGCUGGCGCCUUCUUUAUCUUCGUCCUCUUUGUGCUUACCGGUUAUGUGUGCAUGACUGUGUUCUUCAGAACGAUUGGAUGCGUGAGCCCCGAUUUCGAUUACGCGAUGAAGUUUGCUGCUGUCUUAAUUACCCUCCUCGUGUUGACAUCGGGUUAUCUGAUCCAAUGGUCCGGCGGCCAGGUGUGGCUGAGAUGGAUCUUCUACAUCAAUCCGUUCGGACUUGGCUUUUCCUCACUCAUGAUCAAUGAAUUCACUCGUUUGACGAUGACAUGUAUUUCGGAGUCAUUGGUGCCUCACGGAGCCGGCUACGAUGACAUCGCUCACCAAGCUUGCACUCUCGCGGGUGGUGCUUCGGGCUCCGACAUCAUCCCUGGAUCCAGCUACCUCGCCAAAACCUUUAGCUAUCUAAAGUCGGACCUCUGGCGGAAUUUCGGCAUUAUGCUUGCACUUAUUGUCGGCUUCCUUGCUAGCAACCUGUACUUUGGAGAGGCCAUUCAAUUCGAUGCCGGUGGCAAAACAAUCACCUUCUUCCAAAAGGAGAACAAAGAACGCAAGGAAUUGAACGAGGCAUUGGCGAAAAAGAAAGCCAACCGUCAGAAAAAGACUGUGGAUACAGGAGCCAACGUUGAGAUCACCUCGAAAUCGGUUUUCACUUGGGAGAAUGUUUGCUAUGAAGUGCCUGUGCCGUCAGGUACUCGUCAGCUGCUUGACUCUGUUUACGGAUAUGUUCAACCAGGAAAGUUGACAGCUCUCAUGGGCGCGUCAGGCGCAGGCAAGACAACUUUAUUGGAUGUUCUGGCCGCGCGAAAGAACAUAGGUGUUGUCACUGGAGAUAUUCUUGUGGAUGGAAAACCUCCAGGUACAGCUUUCCAGCGAGGUACGUCGUAUGCUGAACAGCUGGAUAUGCAUGAAGCAAUGCAAACUGUCAGAGAGGCUUUGCGCUUCUCUGCCGAUCUUCGCCAGCCAUUUGAAACCCCACAUUCUGAGAAGUACGCCUACGUCGAGGAAAUUAUUGGCUUGCUCGAGCUAGAAAAUCUGGCGGAUGCAAUCAUUGGAACUCCUGAAACUGGUCUUUCAGUUGAGGAGCGAAAGAGAGUAACCAUUGGCGUUGAAUUGGCAGCCAAGCCUGAGCUUCUACUGUUCUUGGAUGAGCCUACUUCCGGUCUUGACAGUCAGUCGGCCUUCAAUAUCGUUCGCUUCUUGAAGAAAUUGGCAACGGCUGGUCAGGCUAUUCUCUGCACAAUUCACCAGCCUAACUCGGCAUUGUUUGAGAACUUUGAUCGACUCUUGCUCCUCCAGAGGGGUGGCCAGUGCGUGUACUUUGGUGAUAUCGGUUACGACUCCCAGAUUCUGCGAGAUUACUUCUACGAGCAUGGUGCCGACUGUCCUGAAGAUGCGAACCCUGCUGAGUGGAUGCUUGAUGCUAUUGGCGCAGGGCAAACGCGACGGAUCGGUGAUCGGGACUGGGGUGAUAUCUGGAAAACUUCGUCUGAGUUGGUGCAGGUGAAGGAAGACAUCAUUCAGAUCAAGGCGGAACGAGCUCAGGUGAACCAAGAUCAGGCAGACCAAGUUGGCUCGCCAUUAGAAAAGGAGUACGCCUCGCCUAUGUGGCAUCAGAUCAAAGUGGUUGGCCGACGAACCUUCCUUUCCUUCUGGAGAUCCCGGAACUACGGCUUUACUCGAUUGUUCACUCACGUCGCUCUGGCUCUGAUUACUGGACUGGCUUUCUUGAACCUCGAUGACUCCCGUUCUUCACUGCAAUACCGCGUCUUCGUUGUCUUUAACGUUACCGUACUUCCAGCAAUUAUCCUCCAGCAAGUUGAGCCACGUUACGACAUGGCCCGACUGAUCUUCUACCGAGAAUCUGCUUCCAAAACCUAUAGUCAAUUCGCCUUCGCACUUUCCAUGGUCCUCGCCGAAGUCCCCUAUAGCCUUUUGUGUGCUGUUAGCUUCUACUUGCCAAUCUACUACAUUCCCGGAUUCCAAUCCGAAUCCAGUCGAGCAGGCUACCAAUUCCUUAUGGUCCUCAUCACCGAGUUCUUCGCCGUGACUCUGGGCCAGAUGAUUUCAGCCUUGACACCCAACAGUUUCAUUGCCUCGCAGCUGAACCCGCCAAUCGUCAUCAUUUUCUCCCUGUUCUGCGGUGUUACGAUCCCCAAACCACAAAUGCCGAAGUUCUGGCGUGCUUGGCUCUAUCAGCUUGAUCCGUUUACUCGACUUAUUAGUGGCAUGGUCGUGACAGAGCUUCAUGGGCGGAAGGUAGAAUGCGCAAGCUCAGAGUAUAAUCAGUUCACCGCUCCAGACAACGAGACUUGUGGUGAAUACAUGGCUUCCUUCUUCGAGCGUGGAGGAGCUGGUUAUCUGCUGGAUAAUGCGACACAGACGUGCGAGUACUGCGCAUACAAGGUUGGAGACCAGUUCUACGAGACUUAUGAGAUGAGCUUCGACAACAGAUGGAGGGAUCUGGGAAUCUUCAUCGCCUUCGUGGGGUCUAACUUGAUCAUAUUAUUCCUAGCUUCUCGAUUCCUCAACUUCAACCGGAGAUAA